CAAUAGAAAUCUCUUCGUUCCUCCUUCUCCUGAGUUUAUCUCUACUGACGGAUGGGCCUCGUCUUACUCGCGUAUUGAACAAUUUAGACCGUGCCAUCAUCACUUUUGAAGGACAAUUAAUAGACGCGAAUAACAGGAAAGCCACUGCGGAAGAACAAGCGAAUACAUUGGAAGAUCGCUUGCGAACACAGGCUAGAGAAUCGGGAAGAAGUAUCACUAAUUUUGUCACUUGUCUAUACAGUACAUCUGGAAACUACUACCAACCGGAAAUUUACAGAAGUACGUGGAAUGUUUGUUGUUUAUCUUCAAACUGUAAACAAAGUGACCAGACUAUUGAAAUCCCUCGUUGAUGAAUAGACUUUCAAUGAACGCCACUAGUGAAUAUCACACAGAUAUGUGAAGGUUGUCGUCCAGUUGUUUAAACAAUAUGUCUGAAUAAUGUCGUCUAUUGAAUUUGAGUAUCUGAUGGUUAGGAAUUUAGCACCUUCCAUUAUCCCGUUUGCUGUCUAUCUUCAAAUUGUCGUGUAUUCAUUUGUUCUGACAGACAUUUCACAGACCAUCAGAGAGGUACAGCAGUCAUAUGGUAAGUACGCCUUCCUACUUCAUAACACAUAGUGUUUGAUGUUGUUCACCUUGCGUUUCAAUCGGCGAGUUGUCGGGACUGAUUUUCGAAAGCGAUUCAAUUGAGUCACUCUACCGACACUCUACGUGUGUCAGACUGUUAUCAGCUGCUUGAGG